UCCAACUUCAGCGCAUUAAAAAAAAUGGGAAAUCGCACAAAAAAACGACAGGGAAAAUUUGAUUUGAACGGUCACCCAACUUGCAAUUUCAACUCGGGAACUCAGGCCUCUUUCUCGAGCUCCGACUUUUCGCCCUAAAGAUCCCUGGCGUAAUGAUUUGACAUCGUAUUGUUCCAAGUUCCCAGUGCUUUUGAACGCGGCAUCUUAUCAAAGUGAAAGUUAACGUUAGUCAACACUGCAACUGCAGCGCUACAUGGAAAUAGAUCGAUUGUUGCAAAAUAUGUUGCCAUAGAACGACAUACAAGGAUAGAAAAAGCCGAGACGAUAACAAAAUGAGUUCUCUGCAAGAUGAAUUUGAGCUGGAGAAAAGUGUCAGGCGGUUCAGGGAGACAUUCCAUGGAAAGAUAGCGGUGGAAAAGGCAACCUUACUGAUGAGACGCUAUGCCAACAACCAUCAAAUGGUCACCUGGGCAGUUAUACUGAAGAAAGGCAACGAGCUGGAUGAUGAGGACAGAAAAUGCUUACAGACGGAUCAGGCUGUCAAGAAUGUGGUGCAGAGACUCACCGCUGAGGACAGGGAACCUCAGGUCCCUCCUGCACAACAGCCCCGAGGUAGCAGACAGCCUGAACACGAUAAUGAUAUCAAGGAGCUGGGAGAGCGUCUGCGGGCCCUGCCUCUCACUGAGAAGAACAAGAGAAUGUUUGAUAAUGCCCAGCGCCACCUCACCCCCUCUGUCCUGCACCAGUUUGCCUGCCAGACCUGUGACAAGGACUGGUGGCGUCGGGUACCCCAGAGGAAGAGGGUAUCUCGCUGUCACCUGUGCAAGAAGAAAUAUGACCCUGUCCCUUAUGACAAAAUGUGGGGUAUUGGAGAGUUCUGCUGCACCAAAUGCACACGCUCCUUCAGGGGCUUUGGGAGGAUGGAUCUGGGCUCCCCCUGCUACUCCUGCCGAACUCUGGUGAUCCCAACAGAGAUUCUUCCUCCACGCAAGGGAGGGGUACGAGGAGCAGGACCCAGAAAACCUAUCCCACACAGCUGCCUCGCUGAGGACUGUUACAACAGACAAGAGCCCCAUGUUCCUGGGACAGAGUGUGUCCACCCCCGCAGUCGCCAGAGGAACAGGAAGCCUCGCGUGGUCAAUCCCAGCUCCGUCCACAUCAGCUCCGGCUCCACCGUCAACACCUGCCUGAGCCAAGGAAGCCUGGAGAACCUGUACGACCUCAUCAUGGAUGACAUCAGAGAGGAGAGUGAAGAGGACAACCGUAGUGGUAGCAGCAGCAGCUAGAGCAGCACUGAUGUUACCAGUGACCAACAGUCGUGAGCAGCUUCCAUGCUUCCCCAAUGGUGCUUCCAACGCUUACCUUAGGUUCACAUUCAGCGUAAGGAUGUCAUCUCAUAGGCCUAAAGACAUAGUAUUGGUUCUACUUUCCUUUCAUUUUAAAAACCAUGAAAAUACAGCUCAAUAAUUCACAACAGUCAGAUGAUAUAAGUGAGAUGAUAUAACUAGUUUCAUGUUUUCCUUUUGUCUAUGUUUAUGCUUCUUGAAGUGUUGCCACGUGUUGUUGCUGCUGCUUUGUUAAUGUGUGAAUGAUAAGGGGAGAUUGACCGCACUGGCUUCUGCCCAUAAUUCUGACUUUACUUUUGGUUACCUAUUCAGGAGUUAGCUUUCUAGUGAUAUGUGUGUUCAAAUAGAUUUGUCAUAUCAACUUGAACAAGAAUAUAUUAUAAAACACAAAAAAUGCAUUUUGGUCCCCCCCCCCCACACACACAAAAAUGCAUUAUGAAAUUUUACUAUUAUUAAUUUUCAAUACGACUCGGGUUCAAAUCAAAUUGUAUUUGUCACAUGCACCGAAUACAACAGGUGAAACGCUUACUUACAAGCCCUUAACCAGCAAUGUAGAGUUUUUUAAAAAGUAAGAAAAUAUUCAAAAACGUAACACAAUAAAAUAACAAUAACGAGGCUAUAUAUAGGGGUUCCCGGUACCGAGUCAAUGUGCGGGGUACAGGUUAAUUGAGGUAAUAUGUACAUGUAGAUAGGGGUAAAGUGACUAUGCAUAGAUAAUAAGCAGGGCGUAACAGCAGUGUAAAAACAAAGGGGGGUCAAUGUAAAUACUCCGGGUAGCCAUUUUGAUUAGAUGUUCAGGAGUCUUAUGGCUCGGGGAUAGAAGCUGUUAAGGAGCCUUUUGGACCUAGACUUGGCGCUCUGGUGUCGCUCGCCGUGCGGUAGCAGAGAGAACAGUCUAUGAUAUGGGUGGCUGGAUUCUUUCACAAUUUUUAGGAGGAAAAAUCACAGACAUGCCACCGUGGAUUUUAAUAUAUCUCUGUAAAUUAUUUAGAAGAUACCUGUACACCAAUAAAGCAUAAUUUAUUCUGUUUGUUUAAGAAUAACCUGAGAAAAACAUUUAAAGUAGGGUUCAAAGUUAUUGAUAAAGAUAAGCAAUAUUGACUUUAUUAACAAAAGAAUUCAAAUACUGAGCUAUAUUGUAUGUGCAAAAAAAUUGCGAAAUGAUUAUUUUAAACUAAUAAUACAAUUCCUCAGAGAAAGAGAUGUUAUUUAACAAGUAAUAUUUUUUCUCUCUCAAAAGGGUAGUGGUCAAAAUGAUUGACAUCCCUAAAGAUUCUAAUAAAUAAAAUAGUUAAAAGUGUUGUAUUUGGUCCCAUGUCCCUAGCACACAAUGACUACAUCAAGCUUGUUACGACAAACGUUUUGGAUGCACUUGCAGUUCGUUUAAGUUGUGUUUCAGAUCAUUUUGUGACCAAUAGAAAUGAAUGGUAAAUCAUGUAUUGUGUCUUUUUGGAAUCACUUUUAUUGUAAAUAAGAAUAUAAUGUUUCUAAACACCUCUACAUUAAUGUGGGUGCUACCUUGAUUGCGGGUAAUGAAUCGUAAAUAAUGAUGAGGGAGAAAGUUACAGAGGCACUAAAGGUAUAACAUUGGAUGGUCUACAUGUACAUACUACCUCAAUCAGCCUGACUAACCGGUGUCUGUAUGUAGCCUCUCUACUUUUAUAGCCUCGCUACUGUAUAUAGCCUGUCUUUUUACUGUUGUUUUAUUUCUUUACCUACCUAUUGUUCACCUAAUACCUUUUUUGUACUACUGGUUAGAGCCUGUAAGUAAGUAUUUCACUGUAAGGUCUACUACUGUACACCUGUUGUAUUCAGUGCACGUGACAUAUAAACUUUGAUUUGAUUUGAAUUAUCAUUGGAUGGUCAAUUAUCAUAUUGACUAAGUUUUUGUGAAGCGGAGAAAAACCUAGCAAAUCUGCAGCUGUUUGACAACAGCAGCACGCCUUGCCCUUACAGUGCAUUCGGAAAGUAUUCAGACCCCUUGACAUACAGUACCCCGUAAUGAAAAAGCAAAAACAGGUUAUUCGACACUUUUUCUAAUUUAUAAAAAAUACAAAACUGAAAUAUCACAUGUA